AUGAACAACGAGACUGAAGAAAAGGACGAACGACAAUGCAGAAUAUGCUUCGAUGGUCCAGAAAGUGGUCGGCUCAUUCGCCCUUGUCACUGCAGAGGCUCUAUAGCAUACAUUCACGUUGAAUGCCUGCAACGUUGGCGUAGGGAGUCUCAGUCAGCUUAUUAUCGUUGUCCACAAUGCCACUAUAAGCAGUACAGGACUUCUCGUACGAGCGUACUUGGAAUGGCAGAAAAUCCAGUCAUCAUUGCCUCACUGUCACUAUUCCUGUUCACUUGCCUCGCUUACAUUGCAUCGUUCACCGUAACCUUCUUCAUGAGCGAUGAUUAUACCCCGAGACAUAGUUUUUUCUUCUUUGGUUGGAAUUGGGUAUCUCCUGACGAGGUUGCAUAUAAUCUUAUGCGGGUAGUACUUCGCAUUUUGCGCGAGGAAGAUAUUAUCGACGACAACAAGCCUUUCAGCGCUCCUUUGCGAGCGCCACCGGUCCGGUCUUCUCCACCACGACAACUUGGCGCCUUCGCCACCGUACUCCGGAGGGUUAUCAUUGGUGUGCCUGUAUUGGGGGUUGCAUCGCUGGUCCAGUUGUUCUGGUCCAUGUCAUUUUUGGGUCCGGUCAAUUUACUUGCCAGACGACUGGGCUCAGGACGAAACAGACGAGAAAACAGUAGGGAUAUCGCUACAUUGAUCAUUCUAGGAGCUAUCAUACUUGGUGCUCUUCGGGCUUUGCGAGGUGUCUAUCGACUGACUGAGAGAGCAGUAAGAUGGGGACUGUCAAAGACGGAAGACUUCAUACUUGAAGUUUGA